GGAAUCUAACCCUGGUCAACACUGGCUGACAGAUCAACUAUGGUUGACGUCUAGAGAUGAGAAGAGUUAGUGAGUGACAAUCAGAGUGUAACGCGGUCGGGCACGCGAGUGGUGGCGGCAAUAAAUAUGAUUAUUAGCCGCCAGUGAUUUGUUUUAUUUCAAUCCGGUGUAUUUACCUGGCUCGGUGUUUACAUUGGCGACGAGGAGAAAACAUAUUUUGCAGGAGGAAGAGGAAGAGAAGGUAAGGGGAGCCGGACUGAGGGUGUGUGUGUUUGUUGUUUCAUUGUGAAAUGUCCGGUUUUUCGCGGAGUUAACGUGUUUGUAUGUGUGCUGCACGGGCGCACUCUCGAGAAAUUUUGUUUUCAUGAUGCACGAUCAAGGGGUUCAGAUUCAAGUUGGCAAUAAACAGAUUACCCAAAAUUGGGUUAGCGGAAGUGCAAUGUUUACCUGAUACACGAUGCUGAGGUUCAAUAGGAGUUUUGGUUAAUGUUUAGUUACGGUAAUUAAAAAAAAAUCAGCAAAGAGUGGUUUUAGGGUAGAUUUCUUGGACGAACAGUGGAAAUUCCAGUUAAAAAUGUGGAAGAUAAUUAUUGAUGUUUAGUGCAGUAAAUUUCUAUUAUGUAUUGGUAAAAAGAAUGGUGUGUGAAUAUUAACGGUAGGUCUUGGGGGUGUUAGUAUUUUAGCCGUUGUGGUUUUUAUGGAUAUUGGCUUAGUGCCGGAGGUUGGCUUAGUGCCGGAGGUUGGAUUAGUGCCGGAGGUUGGCUUAGUGCCGGAUAUUGGCUUAGUGCCGGGGGUUGGCUUAGUGCCGGGGGUUGGCUUAGUGCCGGAGGUUGGCUUAGUGCCGGGGGAUGGCUUAGUGCCGGAUAUUGGCUUGUGGAUGAAUACAUGGAAGCCUGGUGAAGAGGAGGCUGGUGGAUGUUCACUCAUGCCUGGUGGAGAGAUGGCUCGUGAAUAUCUGCUGUAAGGCCUGGGGGAGAAGAGGCUUGUGAUUGUCCACUCAUGCCUGGUGGAGAGAUGGCUUGUGGAUGAUUACAGGGAAGCCUGUUGAAGAGGAGGCUUCUGGAUUUUCGCUCUGCCUAGCAUAUAGAUGGCUUGUUAAUAUUUAGGCCUGGGGUAGGGGCUGCAGGCUUGUGUAUGAUCAUCGAAAGGUGAAGUUAGAAAGAUUUUUAUUCGUCAUCAUUGUAACAUUGUCGUAAGUAACAGUUACUGUUAAAGUUAGGAAUUCAAGGUACAAACUACAAGGAUAUUUUUUAAGGAAGUUCAGUAGUGCCAUUAGGGAUCAUUUUUGCACAAGUUAACAGUUGAAAUGAUUGAAAAGUAACAGGAAAGUUUAGGGUAUUUGGUAAUUCGUUUGGGUGCAGGCGUGGUCGAAUGGUUACGCUAUUCGCGUUGUAAGCGGAUGAUCAGGGGUUCGUUUCCCACCUUCUAAUGACUUCCAUUCGGAUGGGGAGUAAAACGUUGGUCUUCGCCCUUAGUUGUUGUUAGGCCGUAGAGUCAUUCCAGGCGUAGAAGUCGUCUCCCUGAUAUACGAACAAAAAAAACACACCAAACCAAACCUGCUCCUGGAAGAGUCGCUGGUCGGCGGCUGGACUUGCAAUCCAAGGGUCGUCAGAUCGAAUCCGUGGGUGGAAGGAGUAAAAAGAGGUUUGGGUGCUCUCCCCAUUCAAGCCUUCAGACUCCUAGUUGCGAGCAGAAUCUUACAAUAGGGGCCAUAAAAGAUCUGGGAACGUUAAAGCGGAAGGUUUGUUUUGUUGGUUGUUUUAAUUCGUUAAGGUUAUGUACUCAUCAAACGUAUACAAGAGGCAAGAUAUUGUGUUCUAAUAAUGUAGAAGUUGUAAAGCCAAACUUUAACCUGCUCUUAAAUACUAUAACACAAUCAGUGAUUAAACCUACAAAAUACCUUUUUUUAUUACUGAGUUUCAUUAGCAACAGGUCACAGGAGGAGGAGGUUUUGCCAGCACACGUAUUUCGUUCGGAGAGGUCUUACUGCGUUAGGCCGAAUUCCGCGUGAACAACACACAGAGGAGAAGGAUGAACCACGAGCUAGUGCAGCUCAACGGUAAACCGGGUUUUCAGAGAGUCACCUGGGUUUACCGGAUCCUUUGGGUCGUGCGCAUGGCAAGAGAGCCAGGCGGGCGGGGUGCCGACCUGGACGGAGUGUGUGCGGCCCGGAGCCGAGUUGGCUGGCGGCUCACCUGGAGACUGCUGAUGAACUAAGGGGGUCCUUAAGAUUUGAAGGAGGAUGGUUGCAAGAUAGGGUUCUGUUUGGGGGUGCGAAGUUGUCUUCGUAUUCCAGAAUUGUCAGGUUGACGGAUCCAAUUCCGUUAUAAUUUGAUUGUAGAAAUAGUUAGGUGUUGUGGUAAGUUAUUUUGUAGACGCUGCUUUAUGGGGUUGAUUAAAUGCUGGGGAAUGUGUGACAGGAGUAUUGAUGCAGGGGGCUCUGAUUGAUAGGCACCGUGAAAUUGUUAAUAAUCGGUAACUCCAUAAGAAAAUGAAUGAGAAAUAACUUAUAUUCAAUUCAUGUUUAUUAGUUGCACUUAUCAUAAUACAUUUUGCCUAACUAAUUACAAAAUGCAGAGUUUUGGAGAUACGUACAGCUACAAAAUAAUUCAGAAACAAUUAUUGGACGAAAUAAGUUCAGUAAUUUCAAUUAAUUAAGCGAGAGCAGAUAAAACUGUUUAAAACAACUGCUACUUUUGCUAGGGGAGAAGAAAAAGGAUAGGAAAGCUUAAGUUUAUAUCACAGAAAAUUUGUCAGUUAGUUAAUGAAGGCUAAGACUUUAACUGCAGGGCAUAGGUACUUUCCCAUCAGCUCUUGCAGCGCAAAGGACUGCUCCAGCUUGUUUCGGCAAAUAACUUAUUUGAGCGACUGUUAUUGUUUUAAGACAUAGAAUUGUGAAACGAUAGUUGAGGAUUAUCUUUAUUCAUUCAAAUCUACCGGACUCAAAACAAAGGGAACAAAAAAAAAACAAGUCAUUUUUUUAGAAAGAGGCUGAAACAAGUGUCUUAUAAAAUCUAAUAUUAUUUGCAUUGGAAUCUAUAAAAAAAUACUAUCUGAAAAAUGCUGCGUACAAGAUUUUAGACUCAUUAAUUUAUUGAGUAAAUUUGCUCAAAUUAUAGGAAAAUAGGGAAACGCUUAGCAUUCUAUUAACUUUAAAUUAAAUUGUUUUAAGUGAAGGAGGAGGUAGUACUGGAUCGAUAGGAUAGCGGUUAACUGUAGUGAAUUAUGGAUUUACAAUUACAAGAUUAAUAAAUGUGACGGAGCAACAAUUAAAUUGAACAGCUGAGAGUGAAAGGACAAAACUUCAUUGAGUGUAACGGCUUAGUUCAAAGUUCAAAGGGCGUGACAAGAGAUUGUACUGUAAACAUAAAUGCUCGUUUGACUCAGCAAAAGAUAUAAGAUUAUAAUACUAUUGUUAUCAACAAAUACUAGAUUAAAAAUAAAUCCACUCGUCUGUUCAGAUCAGGGCAAUUAUGAGGACAAGCUAGUUUACUAAACUGUUAAAUUAUCAAUUGUGAAGUAUCUAUCAUUUUCAAGGAAGAGAGGGAUGUAGGAAUCUAACCCUGGUCAACACUGGCUGACAGAUCAACUAUGGUUGACGUCUAGAGAUGAGAAGAGUUAGUGAGUGACAAUCAGAGUGUAACGCGGUCGGGCACGCGAGUGGUGGCGGCAAUAAAUAUGAUUAUUAGCCGCCAGUGAUUUGUUUUAUUUCAAUCCGGUGUAUUUACCUGGCUCGGUGUUUACAAGUGCUAGAUUAUUGAAGCCCUUUUUUGCAUUUUUGCAUGAUAUAAAAAUCCACAAAAAUUCUUUGAUUAGCACAGUAUAAUUUGGGAAUUUAUACCAUUCAAAUCUCCGACUUCAAAAUGAACUCCAUUGUCACUAUAAUCGUUCUCUUCUUUGCCGUGGCCAGCUGUAACCCAGCUCCCCAAGGAAGCACAACCACCCCAGUGUCACUGGUCAGCGAAAGUUCCAACAUCCAGCCCGACGGCAGCUUCCAAUACACGUUCCAGGAAAGUGACGGAACCGAGGUUCAGGACGUGGGAACGCUUAAGCAGAUCCAGGUUCCCAACGCAAACGGAACCGGAACCGAACAGGUCCAGGUGCUGGUUCAAACCGGAAGCUUCUCGUAUCCCUCACCCGAUGGUCAGCAAAUUCAGCUGAACUACACCGCCGAUGAGACCGGAUUCCAUCCGCAGGGAGCUCAUCUGCCGGUGGCACCGGUUGAUCCGAAUAACCAUCAGUAGGUUAUGUGAAAUAACGUUGAAAAUAUCAGAGAGACAUUGUGAGAAUUGAAUAAAAUCGAUAAUAGUAAACUU